AUGAAGUCCGAAAGCCUCCGACUAUCAAGACUAUUAUGUCUUGUCUUUUCCCUUCUCUUUUUGGCCGGAACAACUAUUGGACAGGAUACAAGUAACGAAAGUUCGAUUUUUGCAUACACCGACGAAGAUUGUGUCCAACGGCCUCGGCCUCGACAGCCAGGUACACCGGACGGGGCUUGUCAUAAAAUCGCAACAGCAAAUGCUUCGUCGCUGACAAUAGCCUUUCUCGGCCAUGGUUGCACAAUAUCUGCUUAUAGCGACGAGAAUUGUACCGAAGACCCUACCGCCAUCCGCGAAAACCAAUGUACCUCAAUCGGUGCCUUCUUCCUCUCCUUCUCCGUCGAUAACUGUACUCCAAACCCUCCAACCACAAUCUCAACCCGCAUCCGCACCCUCUCAACCUCCAGUGCAACCAGAAGUACAGGCACCAAUAGCAACCCCACAAGCCCAGGAGGCAUAGACUCCGACCCUCCACUAAGUUCUAGUUCCACAACUUCCACCCCACAACCAUCAUCAGGUCUCUCAUCCGGCGCAAAAGCCGGAAUAGCAGUCGGUAUAACAAUCGCCGUCUUAAUCAUCGCAGCAUUAAUCAUCCGCCACAUGUUCUUCAGAAAACGUCCCUCCACACCUCCAGUAGCACCGGAUCAUACAGCCACAGAUCCUACUGAUCCAGAAAAGAAACGAAUAUUCUGGCCGUUUGCGAGGAGGAAGCCAUCCCACAUGUUUCCCCCGCCGCCAGCAGAGUUGGGAGGAUCGUAUCCAGACCACGAGACAGCGCAAUCGCAGCGGUUAAUGCAACCUACGACGGUUUAUGAGCUUUCUGCGGCGCAUUAUGGGGAGUUACCUGUUGCCAGAGGCAGCGCGGAUGAAGCAAAGUAG